AUGGCACCGAAGAAGGGUGCCACCCUCCUUGUCAAGCUGCUGAGCACAGCUGGAACAGGAUACUUCUAUGUGGCGAGGAAGAACCCCCGCAAGCUCCCCCAGAAGCUAGAGUUCGUCAAAUAUGAUCCCAGGGUACAGCGACAUGUGCUCUUCUCCGAGACCAAGCUGCGAUGA